GAACUCUAUUCCCUUCUGCUUAAUUACCCCGAACACUUCUCGUCUUUUAUUUUGCAACCAAAACUUGCUCUGUUGACCAUAUCUCCUCCUGAGAACCACCGUCCUCCGCCGUCAAUGACUGUCAAACAUCCCACUCAUCUCGUUAACUCAGCAUUGUCUCAUUAACAGUCGUAGAGCGUACAGAGAUCGCUCUUGUGCAAAAAAAAUGGGUUGUUGUGUCAGCAGUGAAGCUUCUUCUAUUUCAAAGAAAGACGAGCUCGUGAACGGGGGAUCUAAUGGGUCUUCAAAGGUGAAAGCUUUUAGUCACGAGAAUAGAGCGGCUCCACCGUCAGUGGAGGAAGAAACCGUGAAAGAAGUUCUCUCCGAAACCCCCAAACCCAAACCCCAACCUACUCCCUGCCCGAAACCUGACCCAGAUUUGACUGCCAACGUCAAACAACAAGUGCAAGAAAACAACUUUUUCAAUCAGAACCCGGCGGUUUUCACCAAGAUCCAAGAAAAUCACCAGCUUGAACAGCUAAAGCACAAGAACGUGGCCAAGAAACAAGAGUUGAACAAUGUGAACGAAGAAAAUAUGUCUGAAGUGUCGGAAGUUUGCAGCUUGAGCUUCAGUGAGAGCGUGUCAACGACAACAAAUAUCACCGAUAGAAGAGAGAAUGAAGAAGAUCAAGAAGUGAUGCAGCAAAACAGAAUGCGGAACAAUAGAUCUCCGGCGAAGUUUACGCAGCAAAGAAAUCAAGAUUUUCGGGUCAGAAAAGACCGGGUUGUAACUCAGUCACCCACCCGAAGAUUCGAACAAUCACCGGGUAAAAGAAACCCUACCGGAUCAGUGAGGUUGGUCCAGAGUGGCAGAGAAGAACCGGGUCGGGUUCCGAAUCAAUCAAUUGGAAAAAAAUGCAGAGACACAGGUGAAAGCUCCGGAAGAAGGUCCAGGUCACCGGCUGCAACCAGAUCUGCAGCAAUUGGUCGGAGCCCAUCUACAAGAAGAACGAUCCAGUCUCCGGGUCGGACCAAGAAUGAAUCGGGUCAAAAUGGUAGCCAUAAACAUACUAAUAGCAGAAAAAUCGAAAGCCCUAGCAAAACGGAGAACAGGUGGCCAAGUAAUGAUCAAAAUAAUAAUAACUCAAGUACAAAUGAGUCACUUGAAAACCCACAUGUCUCCCUGGAAUGCUUUAUUUUUCUGUAAAGAUGAUGAAUUUUAAUCUACUUCAGUUCAUUCUGUUCA